AUUAAAGUUUAUGGUCGGUGCAUAUUUAAGUUGUAGUUGGUCAGAUUAGGUAGCCACUUGCGUAGAUGAAACAGACGGCGCUGUAGAUACUUGUUUACCUGCGUGCAGAGAUGCUUUAGAAACCUUUUCCCCCAAACCCAAAUCGGCGACUUAGAUCGUCCACUUUACAACUCUCCGGCGUCAUCUUCAUCCACACAUCCGACACAAUGGCGCCCAGAGACAUUCCUGGCUACUAUUGGGACGCCGAAAAAGGUCGUUAUUUCAAGGUUGAAAGUAGCAACACCGCGCCGCAAGAUGCCGCGUGGUCUUCGACUAGCUUCAAGAGACGUAAGAUUGAGGAUGAGGAGUCUAUCGCACGACUUCGACGAGCGGACCGAGCCAAGGGCCUCAUUAAGCGCUCUAGAGUACUCAAUGCGCCGCUCAUGGGUGGUUUCCUAGCUCAUGAGUUUGGUGGACGCAUUCCCGAUUUUGACACUGCUCUCUUCGCCGAUGGUAUUGUCAAGAAGGGACGUGUUUCGAUUGAUCCUCGUCGAAGAUCUACCAACCUUAGGCAUAUGCUUGUCGCUGCGGAUAAGUUUGGGGAUGGCUGGUGCUAUGCCUACGGAAGUAUGAAUGAUGGUAUUGUUGUCUCAGACCGCAUCUCUAGGGCCGGAGAGGCUCAGCUUAUCGACAACACGCGUUCUUACCGACGCACUUUUGAUAUGGAUGUUCCAUGCGCGGAUAUUAAACAUAGUGAGAAGUUUAACCGCGUCCUUGUCGCACCCGCCCGACCCUUAGAUGCAACUCGUCCCCUGGUGACGCUCGAUCCAUGGACCUUGCUACCUAUGAAUAUUAGUCAUAGGCUCGGUUCUGGUUACAAAGGCCUUGAAAUGGACACAGAGGGCGUUUCUUGUACUCUAGGUAUACCCCCCUCGAGUAGUGAGUACGUCUGCUUGGUGGGCACAACCAGAGGUGUAGUGGCAGUCAGCCCUCAGGGUACAUUUACUCCCAUCUCCCCGGAAGGCAAGAAGUAUAGGGAUGUCUUUUCUAUCGGCUUUUGUGAUACAAAGCCAGACAUUGCCUAUUUUGGUGGCCGUCCCGGCUGGGUCUGGGCCGUAGACAUGCGCAAGGGCGACCAAACCGUUGUUAACAUGUCUGUACAAAAUGCCAUUACCAAUGUCAGACUCAUCGAUGAGAACAACAUCCUAGUAGCGAGCCUCCGCAACACACUGGCUGUCUACGAUUUGCGCAACUUCCAAUUCUUUGAGCCGUCCACAGCAACAGCGGUCAUGGUCAUGGAUGGUUAUAAGAACCAAGCUCGCAUCGAUAUUGGAUUGGACUACCAUAAAGAAUCAGGUAUAGUUGCGGCUGCUCAUGACGAUGGUAAGGUGGCAUUAUAUUCGGUACGCACUGGUCGUCGCGUCCCGUCGCCUGACAUCGAUGCUAUUUCUUCGCGGUUUGGAGCGAUCCGCUGCUUGCAGUUCCAGAACUUCUACAACGAUGCCACACCCAGUCUAUUUGUGGGCGAGGGCACCAAUGUUCAGGUAUACUCCUUUGGCACGAAUUCCCCGGGCGACGAGGCUUGAUGAACCAUGAGAGCCACCCCACCUCCCACCUUUCUUUGAUAGGCGAGCCUCUGGCUAUUCGGACUGCAUAGAAAAGGCGUUUGUAGUUGCUUUGACCCGAGAUACCCAAUGUUCUUUACAAAUUAAGGACUACUUGCAUUAGAUAGCUUUGCCAUGAAAUGAUUUAAAAAAAUUGCUGUAUUUUACCUGGGUGGCCUAUCACUCUGGUUAGUUGUGAAUAUGCCCUUCCCUC